AUGAUCGUCUCUCUUUCGGUGUUUCUAAUGCCACUAUCUUCGUCAAUUGUCGCACCCGAGUUGAGUACCAUAAAAGACGAACUACACAUGGGCAGCUCACUAGAAGCAGUUCUCGUCAUGUCAACUUUCGUCCUGACCUACUGUCUCGGACCUCUACUACUCGGCCCAUUGAGCGAGAUAUAUGGAAGAGCCGCAGUCUUGCAUUCCGGGAAUACAUUUUACCUGAUCUUCAACCUGGUAUGUGGAUUCGCUCGAAAUAAAGGCGAAUUACUCGCCUCUCGUCUCCUCGCCGGCUUCGGAGGCGCCGGCGGACUUGUUGUGGGCGCUGGUAUCAUCAGCGACUGCUUCCCCAAAGAAGAGCGCGGCUGGGUCAUCGCCAUCUAUAAUCUUGGGCCUGUCUUCGGCCCUUCCCUGGGGGCUGUCAUUGGUGGGUUUAUCACUCAAUACACAACAUGGCGCUGGGCAUUCUGGGCAACAUCCAUCUUCGACGGGGUCUUGAUUGUGCUUGGCUUGCUUGCCAUGCAGGAGACAUACCCACCUGUCAUUCUCACGAGGAGAAAGGCGAGGAUGCUGAAAACGGCUGCGCCAAAUACUCUACUGAAGACACCUUAUGAGAAGCCAGACCAGACUCUCGGCCAGUUAUAUCGCAACUCUCUUCUCAGGCCCCUGCAGCUCCUGAGAGUCCAGCCCAUCGUCCAGCUCCUAGCCAUAUUUUAUGCCUAUCUAUACGGACUGAUGUACCUAGUUCUCUCAACUUUCACAACUCUCUGGGAAGAGAAGUACCACCAGCCCCUCGGUCCAGCUAGUCUGAACUACCUGGCGUUAGGAAUCGGAUACUUCCUGGGCUCGCAAGUGUGCGGGUUCCUCGCAGAUCCGAUAUGCAGAUCCCUGAAAAAGAAACAUGACGGGAAUGGCAAACCGGAAUUUAGAGUAAUUCUCAUGUUUCCCGCCUCGAUCCUCGCCCCUGUCGGUCUGCUCUGGUACGGAUGGGCAGCGCAGGCCGUCACUCAUUGGAUUGUGCCUGAUCUUGGCAUUGCGCUGUUUGCCGGCGCUGCGAUGGUUCUGUUCCAGUGUACCAGUGCGUAUCUGUAUGAGGCUUUUACAUUGUAUGCGGCUAGUGCGACGGGCGCUGUUUAUAUUCUUCGUGGAUUAACGGGGUUCGGGUUUCCUCUUUUUGGUCCGAGGAUGUAUCAGUCAUUGGGUUAUGGGUGGGGGACUACUAUACUGGCUCUUGUUGCUGUUGUUGUGGGCUUUCCGGUGCCUGUUAUUCUUUGGAGAUAUGGUGAGAGACUUAGAACUAAGAGUAGUUAUGCUGUUGGGUAA